GUAUCUUGCAAUAUAUUCAGAACUCUCCCUCCUAGUGACAGCAAUGAAUUUGAUCCAGAAGAAGAUGAACCUACCCUUGAGGCAUCAUGGCCACAUUUACAGCUUGUAUAUGAAUUUUUCAUACGAUUUUUGGAAAGCCAAGAAUUCCAACCCAGCAUUGCCAAAAAAUAUAUAGAUCAGAAAUUUGUAUUACAGCUUUUGGAGCUAUUUGACAGUGAAGACCCUCGGGAACGGGACUACUUAAAAACAGUCUUACACAGAAUUUAUGGCAAGUUUCUUGGUCUUAGAGCAUUUAUCCGAAAACAAAUUAACAAUAUUUUUCUAAGGUUUGUUUAUGAAACAGAACACUUCAAUGGUGUAGCUGAACUGCUGGAAAUAUUAGGAAGUAUUAUCAAUGGCUUUGCUUUACCUCUUAAGGCAGAACACAAACAGUUUCUGGUGAAAGUGUUGAUCCCUUUGCACACCGUCAGGAGCCUGUCACUGUUCCACGCACAGUUGGCAUAUUGUAUAGUACAGUUUCUGGAGAAAGAUCCUUCACUCACAGAACCAGUUAUUAGGGGGUUAAUGAAAUUUUGGCCUAAAACGUGCAGUCAAAAAGAGGUCAUGUUCCUUGGGGAACUGGAAGAAAUUUUGGAUGUGAUUGAACCAUCUCAAUUCGUUAAAAUUCAAGAACCUUUGUUUAAACAAAUUGCCAAGUGUGUAUCUAGCCCCCAUUUUCAGGUGGCAGAAAGGGCACUCUAUUAUUGGAAUAAUGAGUACAUCAUGAGUUUAAUAGAAGAAAACUCUAAUGUCAUCCUUCCCAUCAUGUUUUCCAGUCUUUAUAGGAUUUCAAAAGAACAUUGGAAUCCGGCUAUUGUGGCGUUAGUGUACAAUGUGUUGAAGGCAUUUAUGGAAAUGAACAGCACCAUGUUUGACGAGCUGACAGCCACAUACAAGUCAGAUCGUCAGCGUGAGAAGAAGAAGGAAAAAGAGCGUGAAGAAUUAUGGAAAAAAUUGGAGGAUCUGGAAUUAAAGAGAGGUCUUAGACGUGAUGGGAUAAUUCCAACUUAACAAAACUGCAGCAGCAACAUUACUAACCUGUGGAGUCACACAUUUAUGUAGUAGAAGAUGGAGCAACAGUUUUCUGUAUUGUGCAACUUUACAGUAGAUUUCACAUUUGUUUCAUUAUUACAACAGCACUGUAUAUACCUGUCUCUAAGUAAAGGAAAAAAAUAAGGACUUCAAUCCAAAGUUUGGACAGUAGAUGGACUUCUCAGAACUUUGCAAACAUAAUCAUUGUUCUAACCCUCUUUAAAACAAAGAAAAAAAGCAGUCUUCAAAGAUCUGUUGAUGAAAUUGCUAUGUUAAAAUUCCAUUAUCAGGAGUUCCUUAUUUAUCACUAGCAGAGAAUAUGAUACAAUUUUCAAAUGUGAACAAUCUUAAAUUUAGCUUGUCUUUCUGCUAAGCUGUUAAAUGUAUUUAUAGUAAAGGAAGAAAAAAAAGACUGUCAUUUCCUUAUAAGUUUGUAUAACAUCCUCCUCUGGAUAACUUGGCUGUAAUUUGACAUCUUUUCCUUUUGCACAUCUUCAUGAGUUGAAUGUCCACAUGGAAAGGGGCCAUGAAUUACAAAGGCCACUUGUGAGCGUUUUGUCUACUGGGGUGAAUAUCUUUCCAGGAACCAGGUAGUCCUGGUGAAAAGAGAAGAGGUGAUAAACAUAGUAGGGAAUGGAAUUUUGGAUUCAUGCAUGAAUUUAUGGUGAAUCCAAAUCAAUGUCUUGAAUCCUUUGAAAACAGGCACUGGACCAUCACACGCUUUAGUGCCUGACCAGUAUUAGUUGCAUUCAUCAUUGAACAUACAUACCAGAGACAGUUUAGAAAUGUCAGGAAAAACAUCCUUUUGGACCAUAAGAAAUAAGAAAAACACUAAACAGUACAACCAUGAAAUUGAUUGCCAGGAUAGUGAAUCUAAUUGGGAAAAGAGUUGAGCAAACAGCUUGGACUGUUUGGAGUUGUUGCCUUACUUUUUAAUAUGUAUUUAUAAAGUAUUCCAGCAAAAGAGGAUGUAGCCUCUGGGAAAAAACCAAACAUGUUACAGUGUUUUUUGUAGAUUCUUGUUCUAUAUCUCAUCACAGUGCCAGCUAGCCCCGUUUUUAGCCGGAAAGGAUUCAGGAUAAAACUGUGCACCCUGAAUGGGAUGCAUAUUCCUAACUACUGUAUUUGUUACCAAAAGAGGUUCUACAGAUGCUACUGAAAAAACCUGCAAACUCCAAUGUCCUGAGUAUUAAUAAUAAAGUUGAAAAAUGCUUUUCUAUAAAAGGUGCAUCAUGACCAAAUUGUUUAAGAAAAAACAGAAACAAACGAAAUGUAGGGCUGUAUUAUAGAUGUAUCUUCUUGCUCUCUGCUUUGUAUUAAAAGCAGAAUCAUACAUCUUGGGUAGUAAAUUGCUGAUAACACUGUGUGCAGUAUGUAAGUACCCAGUGUGGCUUCAUUGUUACGUACUGAAAGAUGUGUGUUUUGGGGAUUUGUUUCCAGGAUGCAUUGGCUUGUGACGGACAUGGCAGCAGUGAGUUGAUAAUCCUAAACCAUCACUUCCAGCAGUGUUCAUGGUGUGAAGCUGAUUCUGUGUUCAUAUGUUGAGUUGUGAUCCUAGCAAACAUAUGAACUGUCGUUGCUCCUAAUAGAAAUACAGUCUAAAUACGGGCUUGUAUAUUUUCUUCCAUCCAUUUAACAAUUAAGUAGA